CUCUCUCUCUCUCUCUCUCUCUCUCUCAGUCUCUCCCUCCCUUUCUGUUGUGUGUCACCCGAGCAGCCUCCAGCAGGCUGUGUGUGUUUACCCUCGGCCGGCCUGGCAACAGGGGCUGCAUGCUCAGGAUUACCGGAGGCCCUGUCUUUCAUCGCCGCCUGCUCCCUCUUCCUUUUGCCAUUCAAGUCCUGGAUUGUGAGAGCCGUACAAGAGAGGCCAGAAAGGAGCGGAGUGAUUUUUAGGGGUUUUUUUUGGUCCUCCCACUACCACUUUUCUGCAUCUUCUCUCUCUAGUUUGACAUUCAGUUCAGUCUUGUAGGGUGUAUUUUUGUGAUUUUUUGGUCUGGAGUACUUCAGUGUGGAUUUGAGGUGAUUGAAGCAAGAUGGAUCAUUCUCUGUUCGGCUGCCUGCGGAACCCACAUGCUCCAGCCCAGACUCUCCACCCGGCUUUCACCCAGUCCUCGCUGGCAUUGCAUGGCCGCUCUGAUCACGUCUCCUACCCUGAUUUGCCAGGAACCUCACCGCCGUGCAGUUACACAGGAGAGGAGGGAAGUUUUGGAGGGCUUCAUGCACGCAACCAUCCUUCUCAGCAGCUGCCCCAUCAACAACACCAUCAGCCCACCUGGCAUGUCCAGCAGAUGCCCUCACCUGGCAGCACUCGUCACGCUGCAUGUCUUCCUCACCCUGACACUCCUGUCUCAGAGCUGUGCACGUCUGGAGGAACAGCGAGUCAGAAUAUGUGCACAGCAAGCACAGGCCUAGGAAACACUGACCCAGCGGGAGCAGUGUGUGGGUCUGGGGACUACGGGCGGCAAGCAAUGUCACCCAUCGAACCAGAGAGGAGGAACAGUAAAGGAAAGAGUGACAACUCGGAUUCCCAAGACGGGAGCUAUAAGUCAGACGUGAGCAGUAAGCCCAGGAAGGAGCGCACAGCGUUCACCAAGGAGCAGAUCCGGGAACUGGAGUCGGAGUUUGCCCACCACAACUAUCUGACACGGCUAAGACGUUACGAAAUCGCCGUCAACCUUGACCUCACAGAGAGACAAGUGAAAGUGUGGUUUCAGAACAGGAGGAUGAAGUGGAAACGAGUGAAAGGAGGACAGCAGGGUGCUGCGGCGCGAGAGAAAGAACUGGUGAACGUGAAGAAAGGAACCCUGUUGCCCUCCGAGUUUGCAGGCAUGGUGGGACUGCAUCACCCGGUAGGAUCCCCCGCCAAUGAGGACGACAGCCAUGACAGUGACCAGAGCUCUGAGCAUGCUCACUUAUGACCUUCUGGAAAAUUCCGCCUGAACCUUACAGUUUUCCUCAGGAAUCUACAAUUCUUGUAUUCUAGGCCUUUAAAACUAGGCCCAGUUUUUUAGCAUUUGCUAAGAAUCUGAAACAUCUUUGAGAUGGCAAGACUGGAAAAGACUAGGAAAAAAGGACUGGGAUUACGGAUGAAGAUAAAUGACUGCAAUUUUUUGUUUGUUUGUUUGUUUUCUACUUGUGAGCUGUGGCUUUAAAUUUGGAUUUUGUAAAUAAAUGUUCUGAACAUUCCACAUAAGUGCCUUGGGGAAAAAAUUUGCACUGUUUUAAGUAUUGCCUUAAUUGAUUGCUACUGUAUUGACUUAGUCUUAAAUUUGAUGAUUUAUGCAGCAUUGAAAAAGCAGUAUUUUACAUAAUAAUAAUAAUAAUAAUAAUAAUAAUAAUAAUAAUAAUAAUAAUAAUAACAACAACAACAAAAUCAUCAUCAUCAUCAUCAUCAUCAUCAUAAUCAUUAUCAUUUUCUGAAUCCCAGUGGCUAUCAAAUGCCUAUAAGUGUCCUGUAAAGAGCAGUUAAUAGUAUGAUGUAUAUUUCUCACUGAGCUAGAUAAGCACCAAAACUACAAUUUACAAUUUGACUGAAUAUCCUAUUAAUGAAAAAUUAACAGUUUUUACAGUACUUGCAUUGCUUAAGUCCUGCUAGCAUGAAGGCUGUUAUGCAUAAUAUAAGAACAGUGCAUUUUAUACCAUUUCUGAUCUGCUCCCUUGGAUGUGUAGUUCAUUUCUUUUUCUUUUUCAAUUUAAUAUGUUUACCUUUUGAAUAAAUAAGAAUUGCAUUUUUGUUGAUCCAUUGACCUGAAUAAA